GACCUCUUCCUGCCCUAAACCCCCAACACGUACCUCGAUCUCAGCUUCCUCUGCUGCCCUGUCUCUGAGAACCAGAAAGCUCCUUCCCGCGAAUAAUAAUGGGAAACCAGUAGACUUUAUCUCUGAUCGCCGGCGAAUUCUCUGACCAUGCGGUUCCACGGAGCUCAACGGGCCGUUUGUUUGGCCCGCCGGUCACUUCGCUCGAUCCUCUCUGGCGAGUCUUUCGACGCCGCCGCUUCCAUAUGGGCCUCAGCACGGUGGCAAGUCGCGGGGAUUUGUACCACGUCAAGGAUUCUCGCUGAUAUGAAUCAGAAAACUGGUAAGUCGGCCAUUGGCAAUUGGGGAGCUAGUCUUUUUAAUAAUUGCUCCCAAAUGAGGCAUUUUCAUGGGACUAAAUCAAUGUCCGCUAGAGAUUAUUAUGACGUUCUUGGAGUGAGUAAGGGUGCAAGUUCUUCAGAUAUUAAGAAGGCGUACUAUGGGCUUGCAAAGAAGCUUCAUCCCGAUACAAAUAAAGAGGAUCCUGACGCUGAGAAGAAAUUUCAAGAGGUUCAACGAGCUUAUGAGGUCCUAAAAGAUGAUGAAAAGCGAUCACUUUAUGAUCAGGUUGGUCCUGAUGCAUUUGAGCAAGCUGCCUCUGGAGGAGGUCCUGGUGGGCCGUUUGGAGGUGCUGGAUUUGGGAGCCCAUUUGAUGACUUCUUUUCCGGCGGUGGAAUGAAUGAUUUCUUCAAGAACAUUUUCAGAGAGAGAGAAUUUGGCGGACAAGAUGUCAAGGUAUCUCUUGAGAUAUCUUUCAUGGAGGCCGUUCAUGGGUGCAAUAAGACGUUGACAUUUCAAACUUCCAUCCCUUGUGAGGCUUGCGGUGGCAGUGGUGUACCCCCUGGUACCAAGCCCGAGACUUGUAGAACUUGCAAAGGCAUGGGAAUGAUAUUCAUGCAAAGUGGCCCCUUUAGAAUGCAAACAACGUGUUCAAAGUGUGGUGGUUCUGGGAAAACCGUAAAGAACUUUUGCCAAUCAUGCAAGGGCAAUAAAGUUUUCAGGGGAACAAAAUCAGUAAAACUGGAUGUCAUGCCUGGUGUGGAUGAUGAUGACACUAUAAGAGUUUAUGGCAGUGGUGGUGCAGAUCCUGAAGGAAAUAAACCUGGUGAUCUCUAUGUUACUGUAAAGGUCCGGCCUGAUCCAGUUUUUCGCCGAGAGAAAUCCGAUAUUCACGUUGAUGCUGUUCUAAAUAUUACUCAGGCUAUAUUAGGCGGUACUAUUCAUGUCCCAACUCUUACUGGGGAUGUUGUUCUUAAGGUAAGGCCAGGCACUCAACCAGGUCAGAAAGUUGUUUUAAAAGGGAAAGGAAUGAAGACGAGGAACUCAACAUUCUAUGGAGACCAAUACGUUCAUUUUAACGUUACAAUACCUGCUAACCUCACAGAGAGGCAGCGCAUGUUAAUUGAAGAGUUUGCUAAAGAGGAGCAAAGAGAAUACAAGGGUGGUGCUGCUGCAGAAGCCUCAGGGUAAUAAUAUAAUUUGCAGAUUUUUAUCAGGGGCCUGUUUGAAAUUUCCAUUUCUACGAAUGCUUGAAAAUUUUUGGUAUAAUUAUAAUUUUACUAUUAUAGAUUACAAGGAAUAGGGUGUCUCUUGUAGCAAUUUUAUCAUUAAAUGUCGCAUUGUUAUUAUGGAAAAUUACUUGUACUGCGUUUGUACAAUUCGCCCAAUUUGCAUGUUAUAUAUUCUAUUUUCAACUGUCAUAAAA